GCACCAAGAAAAAGCCGCAGUUAAAAGCCAGACCCGAAAAGCGAAAAUCACAAACACACACUCUCUGUCUUGCGAUUUCGUGAAUAUCGAGAAAAAAAAAAUGGGCAGGAAGUUCUUCGUCGGCGGCAACUGGAAAUGCAAUGGAACCUUCGAUGAGGUGAAGAAGAUUGUGAAAAUACUCAAUGAGGGACAGGUGCCAUCACAAGAUGUUGUGGAGGUUGUGGUGAGCCCACCAUAUGUGUUUCUUCCAGUGGUGAAGAGUUCGUUGUGGCCUGACUUUCAUGUUGCGGCUCAAAACUGCUGGGUCAAGAAGGGUGGUGCCUUCACUGGUGAAGUUAGUGCUGAAAUGCUGGUCAAUCUGGAGGUUCGUUGGGUCAUUCUGGGUCAUUAUGAGAGAAGAACUAUUUUAGGCGAAUCCAAUGAGUUUGUUGCCGAUAAGGUUGCCUAUGCACUAGCUCAAGGUUUGAAGGUGAUUGCUUGUGUUGGUGAGACUUUUGAGCAGCGAGAAUCUGGCUCAACCGUGGAGGUUGUGGCUGCACAAACCAAGGCCAUUGCAGCAAUAGUUUUAGAUUGGACCAAUGUUGUAUUGGCCUAUGAGCCCGUGUGGGCCAUUGGAACUGGCAAAGUUGCAUCUCCAGCUCAGGCUCAGGAACCUAUCUAUUCUCAAGCAGCUUGAGUCCUGCAAUUCUUUAAGGCUUGUUGGGAGCAGGUUUGUCAACACACGAGCAGAUGGAUGAAGUCAGGCAUGAGUGAGCAAGUUUUGUGACCAUUAUGUAGAGCGAUGAAGUUGUGGAACAAGAUAAAUACAAUUUUUUUAUUGUGAAAAUUGUUGUAG